AUGACUCCGGGCAUUCCCCCAAUCCACAUUCUGGGCGCCGGCAUAAGCGGCCUCACCCUGGCCCGCUGCCUCCGAAACCGAGGCAUUCAGUCAAUCGUAUACGAAAAGAGUCCGUCGCCGGCGUAUCACAAUUAUGGGAUCUCGUUGCAGCCGUGGACGUGCAGGCUGUUGCUUGGCGUAUUGGGGAUUGAGGAGGGGGCUUUCGUAGGCGGUGUUGCUGUCGAUGCAGCGAAAGGCGGACGGGGUGUUUUGCAUUCUGAGAGGCUGAGAGGGGAAGGGGGAGGAGGGGGUGAGGUGUUGAGAGCGCAUCGUGGGAGGCUGGAGGGGUUGUUGAGGGAAGGGGUGGAUGUUAGGUGGGGUCAUGCGUUGGACGGCUUUGAGGCUGAAAUCGAGAGGAGUAGCAAGUACGGUACGGGGUUUGUCUUGAAUUUCAAGGAUAGGGAGGGUGUGAGCGUGAGGGGAGGCUUUGUGGUAGAUGGACUGGGUGUCCACUCUCUCGUGCGAAGGUCGCUGCUCCCGGAUGCGGGACUCAAUGUUCUGCCGUACGUCGUCUUUCGCGGGACGAGGAAGAUUGAGGGACGCACGUUCAAGGAAAUCUACCAAGAUGCUUUGGGUGGUGGCAAUGUGGUUGAGAUGAAGACGGGCGAUGUGCUGUUACAGAUCUCGGUUAACGAUUAUCAUCAGGACGGAGAAGGGGCGGAUAUCUCGUGCAUUUACUCUCGUCCUGCUCGUCCGGAUGACACGCUUCAUCGUCCUGGUCGCAGCACAGGAGAAGCUGGUAAUAUCUCCGAAGCGUUCUACAGGGAGGUCUCGCAGCUGAGAGAGCUGAAACAGCCAUUUCAGGAUGCUUUUGAUGAGGAGAAGGUUAGGAAGGGACGGACAUUGCACUGGUUGAUGAGAGACUUGAUGGUCCCGAAGGAGGAGCUGGACGGGUUGGCAAAGAAGGGAGUGCUGCUUAUCGGGGAUUCGGCGCAUGCGCUGCCUAUUUUGGGCGGAGAAGGGGCGUGUUUUGCUGUAGGUGAUGCAGUGAAGCUGGCUGAUGCUAUUGAGAAGGAACGUGUGGACGCGUCCUACGGAGAGAUGUAUGGCGAGUGGGAGGGGGCAAUGAAGAAGGGGAGAGAAACUUUGGCGAGGAUGCAUGAAGGGAAACCUGCGAGUAGUUUGUGA